AUGUCCUUUCAGUUAACAGUUGCCGGUAAAGCUGCGGCCAUCCCCUAUCCAGCUUUGAUUGCGACGUUUUUCGUCAAUGCAAGCGACAUCGACACUUCCAUCCCAGUUGAGUUUGUCGAUGAAAAAUCUGCCGUCUCAGAUGCCACAGCUGCCGUCAAGCUUGUGACUCCCGGUGGCGAGACAUUUGUUGACCAGUUGGAUGCUUUGGACUUUUUGGCGCAAACUUUCCCCGACAUCAUCACCGAAAAAUCCAAGUCUCAGCCCUGGGUCAAGUUUGCGUUGGAGAAACUUUACAACAAGAACUUCAAGGACUUGGUUGGCGACUUGGAGAAACUCGACGCUCACUUGAACUUUAGAUCCUACAUUGUUGGCUACCAGGUCACCUUGGCCGAUAUUGCCGUUUGGGGCGUCUUGAGGGCUAACCCGCUCAUGGGAUCGGUGUUGAAAAACGGCGUCUACCCAAACAUCUCGAGAUGGUACAAUUACUUGGCCGAGAGCGACAAGAAGUUUGAUAAAUCUGUCGAGUUGAUGGCUAGCUCGUUGAAUGAGUUGAAAAGGGCAGCAAAGACCGCCAAGACUGCCGCUUCUGGCGGUAAGAAAGAAACCCACAAGGCCAGUUUCGAAAUCGACUUGCCCGGCGCAGAGAUGGGUAAGGUCGUUACUAGGUUCCCUCCUGAACCAUCAGGAUACUUGCACGUUGGACACGCCAAGGCUGCUGUUUUGAACGAGUAUUUUGCGCAUGCCUACAAGGGUAAGUUGAUUAUCAGAUUCGAUGACACCAACCCCACCAAGGAAAAAGUCGAAUUUCAAGACUCCAUCAUUGAGGAUUUGGCAUUGUUGGGAAUCAAGGGUGACCAAGUCACCUACUCGUCUGACUACUUCCAAAAGAUGUACGAGUUGGCCGUGGAUUUGAUCAAAGCCGGCAAGGCUUAUUGUGACGAUACCCCUUCUGAAAAAAUGAGAGAAGAAAGAAUGGUUGGUGACCCUUCAGGAAGAAGAGAAAGAUCGAUUGAAGAAAACUUGCAGAUUUUCACCGAGGAAAUGAAGAACGGUACUGCCGAGGGUUUGAAAAACUGUUUAAGGGCCAAGAUUGACUACAAGGCGUUGAACAAAGCCUUGAGAGACCCAGUCAUUUACAGAUGCAACUUGACUCCACACCAUAGAACCGGUACCGAAUGGAAAAUGUACCCUAUUUACGACUUUUGUGUGCCUGUUGUCGACUCGAUCGAAGGGGUCACCCAUGCGUUGAGAACCAACGAGUACAGAGACCGUAACCCGCAAUACGAAUGGAUCCAAGCGGCAUUGAACUUGAGACCAGUGGCGAUUUGGGAUUUUGGCAGACUCAACUUUGUCAGAACAUUGUUGAGCAAGAGAAAAUUGCAAUGGUUUGUCGAUAAAAACUAUGUUGGAAACUGGGACGAUCCAAGAUUCCCCACUGUUCGCGGUGUGAGAAGAAGAGGAAUGACCGUUGAAGGAUUGAGAAACUUUAUAAUCUCGCAGGGUCCAAGUAGAAACAUCAUCAAUUUGGACUGGUCUGUCGUUUGGGCGUUAAACAAAAAGAUUAUUGACCCCGUUGCCCCUAGAUUCACUGCUGUUGAUGCCCACUUGGCAGUUCCCGUCAAGUUGUUGAAUGGACCAAAAACCCCCGAGUCUGAAACUAAACCCAAGCACAAGAAGAACCCUGAAGUUGGCGACAAGACCGUUAUUUACGCUGACCAAGUUCUCAUUGAUCAAGCAGAUGCUGAUUUAGCCGAAGGCGAAGAAGUGACAUUUAUGGAUUGGGGUAACGUUAUCGUCUCGAAGGUCACCAAGGAAGGCGACGUUGUUAAAUCCAUCGAGGCUAACUUGCAUUUGGAAGGUGACUUCCGCAAGACUUCAAAGAAACUUACUUGGUUGGCCGAUACCAAGGACAAGAUCCCUGUCGACUUGGUUGAUUUUGAUCAUUUGAUCACCAAGGACAAGUUGGAAGAAGAAGAUAAUGUCGAGGAUUUCCUUACUCCGACUACUGAAUUCCAUUCUAAUGCCCUUGCUGAUUUGAAUGUCGCCAAGUUGAAAGCUGGAGAUAUUAUUCAGUUUGAGAGAAAGGGAUACUAUAGAGUUGAUGUUCCCUACGAGGAGGGUAAGAAAGCUGUCUUGUUUACCAUUCCUGACGGGAAACAAGUGUCAAGGUACGGUGCUAAGAAAUAA